AGCCUAAACUUAGUCUAAUAAACAUACCCACUUGGAUUGAUUCUUCUCCCAAAAUAAGUUAAAAUUGAUGCCGGUACGCACUUUGCACUCUCACUAUCAGCCAUUAUACGCAAUGGACCUUGGAUUAGGAAAGGGUUAGCCGAGUUCGUACAGCUUACAGUAGAACAGUGUGUGAAUAGGCUUAGACAUGGAUAAAAUCCUUCGAGGAAUAAUGAAAUAUCGAAGAACAGAUCGUAAAACAAUGGUGGAACAGUUCAAGGAAGUGAAAAAUAACCCUACGCCAAAAGCAGUAUUCUUCACCUGUAUGGACAGCAGGAUGAUCCCCACCAGGUUCACAGAGACUGAUGUCGGAGAUAUGUUUGUUGUGAGGAACGCAGGAAACCUGAUCCCCAACUCACACCAUUUUCUGGACGAGUACACGACCAACGAGCCAGCAGCUUUGGAGCUCGGUUGUGUCGUCAACGACAUUCGGCACAUCAUCGUCUGCGGCCACUCCGACUGCAAGGCUAUGAACCUCCUGUACAAGUUACGGGAUGAGGAGUAUGCAAGCAAAGACCAAAGAAGAAUCUCUCCGCUGAAGGCUUGGUUGUGUAAUCACGCUCACAGCUCUCUGGAGAAGUUCCAACAACUGGAGUUAGCGGGUCACAACCAACCCCUCAUCUUCCAGGGAGAGUCACCGAUGCGGAAGUUUGUUGCCUACAUCGAUCAUGAGAACCGGUUUUCCAUCGAGGAUAAGCUAUCUCAGAUAAACACACUUCAGCAGCUUCAGAACAUUGCGAGUUACGGAUUUCUGAGACAGCGACUAGAGACUCAUGAUUUGCACAUUCACGCCCUCUGGUUCGAUAUAUACAGCGGAGAUAUCUUCUACUUCAGCCGACAAAACAAGAGGUUCAUCGAAAUCAACGAGAUGACUAUGGACAUGCUUACAUUGGAAGUUCGGAAGUUCUACUCAUGAAGCUGCCAACGUGAGCCGCUGUUGUCCGACUAUUGGAUGUUGAAUUUUGGUUGGUUAUCUAAAACCAAUGAGGCUUUGCUAUCUGCUGAGGAUCAUGCUGUGAAUCUGAGUCUGUAUUUCCUACUUGCUGUGUCUCCUUAGCUAUAUCGUUGAUUAUACUUCACUCUAGUGAGGUAUGGCUGCACUUUCUUUGGUUAAUGUUUUAUUAGAUAUAACUAACAUCUAAUUAACUGACCAACGAACUAAUGAAGAAGUUGAAGUAGACAUAUACUAUGGAUCAGCAGUAGUCGGUAAUAUUUGACUAUGAUUGAAGUGGAAAACACAUUUCCAAUUUAAGGAUGCAGCGAAAAAAUUGAACAUAGUUCAUUUGAUCCACCGAAAGAGUAUGGUGUUGAUAAUUAAAUAUAUGGGAAAAAAUAAACCAAAAUGAUAGGACAACUUAUUGUAUGCUAUUCGACAUUUUUCUUACCACUGUAUGGAAAUGAUCACCCCAAACAGUAUGCAAAAUAGCUUAUUUACGCUCUAGAGCAGGAAUUCCUGCUAAAUCAGCUGAUUUCCCAGUUGUUUUUACACCAACCACAGCCACGGAUCCAGUACGUUAGUCAACAACCAAGCAAAUAACAUAAUCUUAAAAAAACCCUAACCUAAAUGCCAUUUUAUACAUCUAAAUAGUUAAUUUGUGUUAUUAUAAGUUAAAUAUGGUGGUAGGAAAAUUCUUAUGUUUAUUACAAGCACAGUCAUUGCCGCUCACAAAAUGUAUGGCCGCACUCAGCUCUAGCUUGGUGCGGCCAUCUGCAGUUCUCGAGCGGCGAUGAGGAAAUUUGCGCUUUUAAUACACAAAUCUAUUACGUCACAUAAUCUAUCAUAGAAGAAAAAUAUAGUUUUGAUAGUAUUACACUAUACCAGUUAACGUAAAAUAAUUGGCUACUACAAGUCUAUCUAUAUCUAACAUCUUUUUCAGUAUAAAUAAAAAACAAACAAAAAAACAGCUGAUAUGCAGAGAAAGGUGGCACAUUGUACUGGUAAAACAUGCAGUAAAACAGCUGAUCUAAAACCAUCUAGAGCUGUUUACACCAAUGACAUGGCCAUUGCAAACAGUAAAUAACAAAAAAUGUAUAGCCUAUUGUAAUCAGUCAUUAUGCUAGCAACACUUUUUGCGGUAAGCGCUCUCUUUAGCUCAAUAAAAAUAGUCUACAACUUCUAUUAUUGUGGUACAACAGAUAUAUGGACAAUAUGUUAUAAUAUAGAUAGUAGUGUAUAGACACUCAACAACAUACUGUACUUAAAAUUUUAGUUGUAGACCUAUAUUAGUAGUAUUUAUAUUUGUGUUGUACAUGAUCUGAUCAUGUGUUGUAACUAAUUAAUAUGUGAUAUGAUUUUGUUUUUUCUAUAAAUGUUUUCAUUAUAUACCGGUAGUCUACUUUUAGUUUAUCUAUUUUUAUUUUAUUUGAAACGUUCUUAAAAUAUUGCACAUGAAUGUUGACUGCUUGUUUAGUUAUAAAAAGUGCCUUUCAAAAUGGUGCCAUUAAAUAGUGUAAUGGAAGAGUACUUACACCAAUUUUCAGAAUACUACAACAUAGAUUAAGUUUAAUCCCCUUUAUAAAUUCCUUUAUCUCGCCCUCGUCUCGAACUUAAAAAAUAAUCUUGAUCUAAAAAAACCUCAUUUUUGGCCCUAGGUACGAAUUAUACUAUUACAAAGGCAUUCCCUUUCAUAAAUUGUUUUGCAGAUGAGAUUGUUAUCUAACGUGUUUUCAUAUUGUCAAUUGUUAUAAACCUGUGCCUUCAUUCUGUUUGAUUUUGUGGCUUAGUAAAAAAAAAAUGUAUAUAAGAAUACCGGUAUGCUAAAUGUCAGUAAUAGUAAUACAUCUGUAGGUUGUAAUUAAUUUAAUUUAUUUGUUUUAUUGUGAUA